CAAACAUCAAUCUUUGCAUCUCUGAUCAUUUUUCUUUUUCAAUGGCAGGUCAAAAGAUACUCUCCUUCCUGGUUAUAGCUCUCUUCGUUACUUUCGCAGCUGCGGCUCGACUUCUUGAUGAACUUGAUGAAGAAGAUACGUUCCCAGCCACAACCACCCCUGCCUCUGCCUCAAAUUCUGGUCCCUUCCCUGGUCCUUUACCAGCGUCUGGCUCAGGUUCUGUAGGAGCUGGCUCGGGUCCUGCGGUUAUCAGUUUCGGUUCAGGAACAGGAUCAAUACCAUCAAGUGGUUCAGGUCCUGGUGCAACUGGUCCCGGUGCAGGAACAGGGCCAGUCUCAUCAAGUGGUUCAGGUCCUUUACCAAUCGCUGGCUCUGUUCCUGGUUCUUUACCUGUUGGUGGUGGUCCAGGUUCCUUGCCUGCCACUGGUCCCGGUCCUUUACCAGCUGCUGGUUCUGUCCCUCUACCGGCUGGUGGUUCAUCCACUGGUCCUGGUGUAGGUGCCGGUCCAGCCCUUGGCGGUGGUGCAGGUGCCGGUCCAGCUCUUGGCGGUGGUGGCAUAGGUCCUGACCACACAUUAGUAUUCUUUAUGCACGAUAUACUCGGCGGCUCAAACCCCACGGCUAGAGCCGUAACCGGAGUCGUUGCGAACCCGGCUCUAAGUGGUCAGCUCCCAUUCGCUAAACCCAAUGGUGCAAACCUUCCCAUAACCAACGGAGUUCCAUCUAACAACAACAACAAUGGAAUCGUCAACAACAACAACGUCCCUCUUCUCGUUGGACUCGGUGGAACCACUGCUAACAUUCUCCAAAACAACGGAAAUAACGGUAACAACAACCUUUUAAACGGUCUACCAGUUGCUAACGGCGGUCAGCUCCCUAGCGGUUCUGCUCUACAGAUGCUUAUGUUCGGGACAAUGACAGUGAUUGACGAUGAACUAACUGAAGGCCACGAACUCGGGUCUGGUCUGCUCGGAAAAGCGCAGGGAUACUAUGUGGCGAGUGCGGUUGAUGGAACUAGUCAGACGAUGGCGUUCACUGCCAUGUUUGAGAAUGGUGGUUAUGAAGAUAGUAUAAGCUUCUUUGGUGUUCAUAGAACAGCGGCUUCCGAAUCGCAUUUAGGAGUUAUGGGAGGUACUGGGAAGUAUGUGAACGCGAGAGGAUUUGCGAUUGUGAAGACGUUUACAGGAUCUAGCGGGACGCAACAGCAGCAGCCGCAUCAGUUCACUGAUGGACUUGAAACUGUUCUUCAGUGUACGGUCUAUCUUUCUUACUAGUUUUUAUUUGAAAUGUUAUGUAUGGAGUUUGGGAAUGUUUGGUGUGGAAUGUAUGUGAUGUGUCAUUUGUAAGCUAAAUGUGAAAGAGUUGUAUAAGAAAAUACUUGAAAUUUGGGUUUUGUAUUGUUUCUGAAGUUACAGAUUUGUUUAAU